AUGGCAACUGCAACUUCCCUUUCAUCGGCCUCUCAUGGUAGACCUACUUACUCCUGCAUUCGGUGCGCUGACCGAAAAGUCAAAUGCGACCGGCAAACCCCAUGCAGUGCUUGUGUUAAGCAUAAAGUAGACUGCGUCUUCAACCACUCGCAGCCACCUCGAAAAAGACAGAAACGUAUCAACGACCAGAUCCUCACUGAUCGCCUCAAACACUACGAAGCACUACUUCAAGAGCAAGGCAUUGACCCAAGCAAGCUCCCAGAUACUCCUGACUCUGAGCCGCGUCGCAGCUCGGGUCACACAGCGGCAGUGGCCACGAAAGAAUCUCAAUUGCAAAGCCCCUUUUCUAUUGAGAUUGAGUCAAACCGAUCUACCCGCAGGACACAAUCAGGACAUGGCCAUGGCCGCUUCAAGUUCGUCGAAACCAACUUAUGGACGAGAGUGGUAGAUGAGUCACACGAUCCUGAGGAUACUCUGGAGGAUUCCUCAAAUGAUGCGAGCGACCUAGAAGCAUUCGAAGAUGACUUCGGAUUUGUGCUCAACAGUCAAUCGAAAUCUAACACUAGGUGCCGCCAUCCACCGCCCGAACGCAUACUUCAAAUAUGGCAGAUUUUCGUAGAGAAUGUCGAUCCUCUGACCAAGGUCGUUCACGUCCCUACGCUACGAUCGGCAAUUCAGAAAGCUGCAAGCAUUAUCGGGGCCAUACCGCGGAGCUUCGAAGCACUCAUGUUUGCUAUCUACGGCGCGGCCGUCAUGACGCUUAAAGAUGACGAGUGCGAAGAAAGACUCGGCGAGCCUCGUAAGGCUCUUCUAUCACGAUAUAUAUCCGCCACGAAAGCAGCAUUAUCGCGAGCCAAGUUCAUGGGAACUACCAGCCUCGUUGUUCUUCAGGCAUUGGUCCUUCAUGUCCUCUCGGUGCGAGAUAUCUACGAGCCACGUGCUGUUUGGUCCUUGACAGGCGUGGCUGUUCGCAUCGCGCAGGGCAUGGGCCUUGAGCGCGACGGAGUAUAUUUAGGCCUUCCUCCAUUCGAAACUGAGAUGCGGCGACGUAUCUGGUGGCUGCUCAAGACGCACGACUUCCGUACCGCUGAACUUUGUGGCCUCGCUAAAUUUCGAGAUCUUGACAUGGGUGACGAGAGCACGAAGUGGCCGACCAACGUCAACGAUGACCAACUCUUUCCAGGCAUGCCUUCACUCGUGGCAGAGUCAAACAAAUUGACAGAUCUCGUCUUUGUUGCCUUGAGAUACGAGCUUGCCAAUUUCGCGGCCGGCCGUGUCGCGAGGUUCCGCCAGCAAGGAAAGACUUCGAGUCAAUGGGACCUCCAUGCGUCAGGGAGCGAAAAGGUGGACAUGGAUGAAAUUAUCAAAGAGCUCGAAGAGAUGCUCGAAACGAAGUACCUCCGCUACUGCGACCCUUCACAGCCGUUGCACCUUAUGGCAAUGCUAGUAGCCCGGUUUGCCUUGAACAUCAUCCGCUUUCUGACACAUCAUCCACGAAGAUGGGCCAGCAUAGAGCAGACACCGCUUUCCGAGCGUCAGUGGGGCUGGGAGAUCAGUGUAAAGCUUCUCGAGCAGCAUAACAUGGUGCUGUCCAAUCCCCAACUCAAGCAAUUUGCGUGGCAUGCGCCAUAUUUCCAGCAAUGGCACGCUUUCAUCCACGUACUUGAUACCCUCAGAGCCGAUCCACUCAUAGCAGACGCCGAGAAAGCAUGGCAACUUAUUAGCAACAUAUACGAGAACACACCCGAUAUGGUAUUCGAUACGAAAAAGCCUAUACACGUGGCUAUAGGCAAUCUAUGUCUGAAAGGCUACGGUGAUCGCGAAGCUGCACUGCAACACGGAAGCGCAUGUCCGCCAACACCGGGUUUUAUAUUGCAGCUACGCCAACAGCGUGAGGUCGCAAAGGCUAAAAAGCAAGCGCGAGAUGCAAAGAUUAAUGGACCUGUGAAUCCAGUCAGUCUCGGCCAGGCAAAUGCCAGCGUCAUCAACUUGAGCGAUACCCUAGAAUCGACGUAUCUUCAGCAGAGUACAACGGCACACCAGCUAGAUUUAACCCAAACCGGCGGCGCCUCUGGAGGAGAUCCGCUUUGGUUCGUUAACGGGUUUGAUGAUGGCGGAGCCAGCGGUUUGGACGAUGUGAUGGACAUGGACCUCGAUUUCUUGGUGGCCCAAGGUCCCAAUUUGGAUGACAAUGCUACCCCGCCCAUCACCUGGGAGCAAUGGGACGCUUGGAUUGCUGACUCCAACGUGAUGCGUCCGUAA